CCUCCCGAGACCGGAAGCGGAAGCGCGGGAGUGCGUUGUGAGAAGAGCCUCGGUCUCCUCGAGUGGGAAAGAGUCUUGAUCUCCGCGAGUCGGCGUUUUGGGCCCGUCUGAAGGAGCCGGGCUCGGGUGAUCGGCAGACAAGAAAAGUAUUCAGGCUCAGAUUUGUGUUGAAACCAGCCUCAGGAUUCACCCAUCCUCACUGAUGCGAGGAUUUCUGUAAGAUCAGAGCACCGUCCUGAGAGUGCUUUGGGAAGAAGGGAGGCGCGUCCUGCCUCCCGGCUGCCCUGUUUCUGUACGAGUCACAGGAUGGCGGCCCUUGUCCUACCCGCCACCGGUGCUGCGUCUUCCCCGUUCCCAGCCUCUCAGCAAAAAGGACACACAGAAGGCCGAGGGCUGGUUAAUGAGCUCCUGACAAGCUAGCUACAGGGGUUGGUGACCUUCGAGGAUGUGGCCAUGGAGUUCACCCAGGAGGAGUGGGCGUUGCUGGCCCCUGCCCAAAGGAUGCUAUACAGGAACGUGAUGCUGGAGAACUGCAGGAACCUGGCCUCCUCACUGGGGAACCAAGUUGAUAAACCUAGUCUGAUCUCCCAUUUGGAGCAAGAAGAUAAAUUGAUGACCGAAGAGAGAGGAAUUGUCCCAGGUACCCGACCAGAUGUGGAGACUCCACUUGAAGCCAGCGGGUUACCUUCUAAGCUACAUGUUUUUCAAAAAGAACAAUCUAGAAAUACGAAAAUGGAGACAAAUCAUCUUGGAGCAAAACUCAGCAAACGUAAUCAGUGUUUUAAAGUCCUCAGCUCAAAAUCUUCCCUUACACGGCACAAGAGGAUUCCUACUGGAGAAAAACCCUAUGACUGCAGUAAGUGGGGUAAAUCCUACAGGACUAGAUGUUACCUUGCUAUUCAUAAGAGAAUCCACAAUGGGGAGAAGCCCUAUGAAUGCAGUGACUGUAGGAAAGCCUUCAUUAAUUCCUCAUCCCUCAGAAUGCACUGGAGAAUUCACACUGGAGAAAAACCCUACAAAUGUAACCGGCGUUUUCGUAAGUUCCGCACUCUCUCUGUCUUCACAAGCCACAAGAGAGCUCAUACGGGGGAGAAUCAUUAUGUAUGUAAUCAGUGUGGAAAGGCUUUCCGCACGAGGUCGUCUCUCCACAGCAGAAUUCACACAGGGGAGAAACCUUACGAAUGUCACGAUUGUGGGAAAACUUUCAUGAGGCGCACAAAUCUGACAACUCAUACUGGAGAAAAACCCUACAAAUGUAAUGUGUGUGGAAUAUCUUUCACCCAUAGAUUUUCUCUUACAGUACACAGGAGAGUACAUAAUGGAGAGAAACCCUAUAAAUGCAAUUACUGUGGAAAAGCCUUUAAUGUUCUCUCGUCAGUUAAGAAACACAUGAGAACGCACACUAGAGAAAAGCCCCAUGAAUGUAAUCAUUGUGAGAAAUCCUUUGCUACUAACUCUAACCUUUCUUUGUAUAAGAGAAUACAUAAUAGACAAUUGUGAAUUCAAAAA